UUUCAUUUUUAUCUUUAUUGAGCAAACAUCAUUUAUACAUGUAUCAUCAGAUAUAUUUGGUGAAAUGUUAAAAUCGCCAUUUUGCAUAUUUUUCAUUCACCAGGUCACAUCGUAAUGCAUCUUUGCAGAAACCUAAUUUUCUUGACAGUUCAAAUAUUACUAAGAACAUCUUUGCAGAAACCCGUACAGUCCAAAUGUUAUCAAGAACAUCUUUGCAGAAACCUAUUUUUCCUUACAGUUCAAAUAUUACCAAGAUCAUCCUUGCAAAAACAUGUUUUUCUUUACAGUUCAAAUGUCACAAAGAACGCCUUUGCAGAAACCUAUUUUUCCUUACAGUUCAAAUAUUACCAAGAUCAUCCUUGCAAAAACAUGUUUUUCUUUACAGUUCAAAUGUUACAAAGAACGCCUUUGCAGAAACCUAUUUUUCCUUACAGUUCAAAUAUUACCAAGAUCAUCCUUGCAAAAACAUGUUUUUCUUUACAGUCCAAAUGUUACAAAGAACGCCUUUGCAGAAACCUAUUUUUCCUUACAGUUCAAAUAUUACCAAGAUCAUCCUUGCAAAAACAUGUUUUUCUUUACAGUCCAAAUGUCACAAAGAACGCCUUUGCAGAAACCUAUUUUUCCUUACAGUUCAAAUAUUACCAAGAUCAUCCUUGCAAAAACAUGUUUUUCUUUACAGUUCAAAUGUUACAAAGAACGCCUUUGCAGAAACCUAUUUUUCCUUACAGUUCAAAUAUUACCAAGAUCAUCCUUGCAAAAACAUGUUUUUCUUUACAGUUCAAAUGUUACAAAGAACGCCUUUGCAGAAACCUAUUUUUCCUUACAGUUCAAAUAUUACCAAGAUCAUCCUUGCAAAAACAUGUUUUUCUUUACAGUCCAAAUGUUACAAAGAACGCCUUUGCAGAAACCUAUUUUUCCUUACAGUUCAAAUAUUACCAAGAUCAUCCUUGCAAAAACAUGUUUUUCUUUACAGUUCAAAUGUUACAAAGAACGCCUUUGCAGAAACCUAUUUUUCCUUACAGUUCAAAUAUUACCAAGAUCAUCCUUGCAAAAACAUGUUUUUCUUUACAGUUCAAAUGUUACAAAGAACGCCUUUGCAGAAACCUAUUUUUCCUUACAGUUCAAAUAUUACCAAGAUCAUCCUUGCAAAAACAUGUUUUUCUUUACAGUUCAAAUGUUACAAAGAACGCCUUUGCAGAAACCUAUUUUUCCUUACAGUUCAAAUAUUACCAAGACCAUCCUUGCAAAAACAUGUUUUUCUUUACAGUUCAAAUAUUACCCAGACCAUCCUUGCAGAAACCUGUUUUUCUUUACAGUCCAAAUGUUACGAAAAACAGAGAAACUCCCGCGGUAGGUCAAGUAGAUUAAGUUAAAAUAUUUUGAGGCAGAUCGAGGCUUCUGAUUUGUCAACCGCGUUCGUAUUUUGUGAUUAUAAACUAGUACCACGGGAGUUCACUGGAGAGACACUGGUCUGCUGUUUUUAUGAAAUUGUACAUUUGUGGCAUUCGAAACACUAGCGAACAUUUUUAAUCUGAAGUUUUCCCCAAACUUUUGUAUUCCCACACAAUAUAUGAACUCGAAUGGGAACACUUAAGAAAUUGCAGAUCGCAACUCAGCUUUUAGAUGUUUUUUUGUCCUGCUUGUAUCAGGAAUACAGUUUUUGACCUUUUUAGUUUGUUUGAGAUAUAUAGAUGACGCAUGAUGCCUCAGCCAAAAGAAAUAGUGAGCAAUUCACGUGUAUUAUCCAGUUUGUUUUUCGAGUGGAAUGUGCCCAGCGUCACCUAUUGGUCCAACGCUGACCCUACUGUCCGGGUUGAUAACAACUUGGGUAAUACUAGCAUGGGGUAAAUAUAAGUUGAACCAAGCAUUUGUCCUGAGUUGUAAUGACCU